AUGGCUCCAGCAAGUACGGAUCAUGGAGCGAAUGUACCAACUCUAUCACAAGGAACUAAACGUCAACCGACCAUGGGUCUACUCGAUGCUAUUAAUCUUCUAUUAGCUUGCAUCAUUGGAUCAGGUAUAUUUAUAAGUGCUAAAGCUGUACUAGAAUUUUCCGGUUCUUAUGGUCUAUCAAUUAUUGUAUGGGUUGGUUGUGGUUUACUCUGUAUUAUGGGAGCAUUAUGUUAUGCUGAACUUGGUUGUUCAUAUGUAUCAUCAGGUGGUGACUAUACAUAUCUUCGAGUAGCAUUUGGUAAUUUUCCAGGUUUUCUUCGUGUUUGGAUUGAAGUUGUUUUAUCACGACCAAUGAUUGUUGUAUUAAGUGUAUUAACAGCCUCAAAUUAUCUUGUUUAUUGGUUUUAUCCAACAUGUCCACCACCAGAUAUAUUGGUUAAAUUGUUAUCAUCACUUCUUUUACUUAUUGUUGGUUUUAUUAAUUUAUCAUCAGCUGUAUGGACAAAUCGACUUCAUCAAGUUUGCAAUUAUUUUAAAAUUGCUUCAUUAUUAAUUGUUAUUGGUGCUGGUUUGUAUCGAAUGAUUAUUGGUCGACGAGAAAAUUUUGCUGAACCAUUUGAAAAUUCAACAUAUGGCAAACUUACAAGUGCAUUUUAUGCUGGCUUAUUUCCUUAUGCUGGAUGGAAUUAUUUAAAUAAUGCAAUUGAGGAUCUUAAAGAUCCAAAACGUGUCUUACCACGCUCUAUUGUUAUAUCACUUUUAUUAUGUAUUCUUAUUUAUUUUUUAACAUUCAGUUCUUAUUUUACGGCUUUAUCGACAUAUGAUAUUAUAAUAUCAGAGGCUACAGCUGUUAGUUUUGCUGAACGUGUAUUUCUACCACUUUUAUAUAUAAUACCAAUUGGUGUAACAAUGUCUUCUGCCUCAGGAAAUAUUUUUACUGUUGUACAAAUGUUUCAUGUGGCUGGUCGUGAUGGUUUAAUGCCACAUAUAUUUUCAAUGAGACAUUAUAAAACAAAUGUACCAAUGAUGGCUAUUAUGUUUGAAAUUAUAAUUAGUUUUAUUUUUCUUUUUUUUAUGUCAAGUAUUGGAACAUUAAUUAUAUGUGCUGGUAUGAUUAAUUGGAUUUGUAUUUUAUUGACUGCUGUUGGUUUAAUUGUUCUUCGUUAUAAACAUCCGAAUCGUGAACGCCCAAUUAAAAUCCCUAUGAUAAUACCAAUCAUAUUCAUUAUUAUUUUAGUUAUACUUAUUGGAGCAAGUGCUAUUACGGAUAUUGAAAAUAUUAAAACAUCUUUAAUACUUCUUGGAACUGCUGUACCUGUUUAUAUAUUUGGUGUAGUAUGGAAAAAGAAACCAGAUAGUUUUAAUCGUCAAUAUAAUUCAUUUGCCAUUGCUUUACAGAAAAUAUUUCAUGUCGUACAAGAAGAACAUACUGAUUAA